AUGGGAUCUAAAGUUGCGGAAUUUUACAAUGGAAAAAACAUAUUUAUAACUGGAGCUACCGGCUUCUUGGGUAGCUGUUUGAUAGAAAAAUUACUGCGCUCUACGGAUAUUAAUAAUAUUUACGUCCUGAUAAGACCGAAAAAAGGUAAACAAAUAAAUGAACGUCUUGAAGAACUCACCAAAAACUCGGUCUAUGACCGACUUCGUGAGGAAAAAAAGACAGAUUUAUUUAAAAAGCUGAUCGCGGUUGCUGGCGAUGUUGGUGAGGAAAACUUGGGACUUUCUACUGAGGACAGGUUCACUCUUGUAGAAGAGGUCCAGGUUAUUUUCCAUUCGGCUGCUACUUUGGACUUUGAAGCGAGUUUAAAGUCUGCGGUUGAUAUAAACCUUCUGGGGACUCGCCGGGUCGUGGAGCUAAGCCAAGAAAUUAGAAAUCUCAAGGCAUUGGUACACGUCUCAAGUGCAUUUGUAAACUCAUUUCUCCUGGAAACAAAAGAGCAAGUCUACCCACCACCAGCAGACGUAAACGAAGUCUUGAAAAUCGUCCAGGAACUUGAUGAGGAAGCUCUAGCUCAAACAGCACCAAAGCUUCUAAAAAAUCAUCCAAAUGCUUAUACAUUUACAAAACAUUUCGCGGAACACGAAAUCGUCAAUGGAAAGCUACCAGCAGCAAUUGUUAGACCUUCGAUGAUCGUAGGAGCUUGGAAAGAGCCGAUACCUGGAUGGACGACUUCCAAAAACGGACCACAAGGUUUUUUGAUGGGAGCUAGCAGAGGAGUUGUAAGACGUUUACCAGUCGCUAAAGAUCUGAUCUACGACUACAUUCCCGUCGACAUUGUAGUAAACUCUCUUAUAGUCGCUGGUUAUGUUGUGGGCUCCAAUGCCGAAAAAGUGAUCAAAGUGUACCACUGUACAUCCAGUACCUGCAAUCCCUUUAAGUGGGAGUUAAUUGAAACGAAAAUUAAUAGUUAUUUACACAAGUAUCCAUUGAAGGGUGCUGUUUGGUAUCCACACCUGAAGCUUCUGCCUUCGUUAUGGUUCUACCGACUCUCUGCUAUUUUUGUUCAUUUCAUUCCGGCUUAUAUUUUAGACACUGUCACUCGUAUAAGUGGCGGUAGACCCAUUCUGGUUCGUUUACACACAAACGUCAACAAUUCAUUGGAUCGUCUGGAGAGAUUCAUAUUUACUGAGUGGAAGUAUCAUAAUCCAAAAUUGCUUGCAUUACACGAGUCUUUGAGCGCUGAUGAUAAAGAAAUGUUUGGAAUCGAUGUUAGGCCGCUCGACUGGGAAGACUUUUUCAUUAAUCUCACUCAAGGUGUUAGAGUUUACUUGAGCAAAGAGCCCAUGAAAAAUAUUGAAAAGGCUCGUUCCAAAAACAAUAUACUACUUGUUGCGCAUUUGGGACUACAGUUCGCACUUAUGGGAUUUAUUUGGUGGAUUGUAAAAGUAAUUCUAGGAUCAACAUGGACUGCAACUGGGAUGGUUGUACCCAUAGCAUAUUUUAUAUUCAUUAGAAAUAUAAAUAAAAAAUUUUCUAUGGGAAAUAAACAGGCUAUUUAUUAUCGUUGUAACAUUGAAAGUGAAAAAAAAAAAAUUAUCAUAGAUUUAGUAACAAUCAAAACGAUAAAAUGACAAUGAAAUCGAAACCGACAAUUGGUGAGUGGUUCAAAAAUCGUCAUGUGCUAAUUACGGGAGCUACAGGUUUUAUGGGUAAAGUACUUGUUUCGAAAUUACUGGUGAGUUGCCCGGAUGUUGAAAAAAUUUAUCUACUUGUACGUGAAAAGAAAGGGAUUGAUCCACAGACUAGAUUGCAAUCGAUUGUUCAGCAAGAACCAUUCAGACAGUUACGUGAGCACCACCCAGAAAGGUUGAAAAAAUUAUCAGUGAUACCCGGCGAUGUAACCAUCGAAGGACUCGACUUAUCACCGCGCAACAGAGAUUGUCUAAUACAACAAGUCUCGGUGGUAUUUCACGGUGCAGCGAAUGUCAAGUUCGACGUACCGCUUAAAGAUGCCAUCACCAUGAAUACCAAAGGAACUGCGAAUGUUUUAGCGCUAGCAAAACAGAUGAAUAAUUUGAAAUCGUUUGUCCACAUUUCGACGGCUUUCUCACAAUGUGGAGAAAAAGUACUCGAAGAGCGCGGGUACCCCACACCUAUUUCGCCGGAGAAUGUAAUGACACUUGUCGACAUUGUGGAUAACGAUCUUCUUGAGGCGUUGACCCCCAAGUUACUAGGAGUUCAGCCUAAUACCUACGCCUUCAGCAAAUCUUUGGGCGAGGAUUUGGUCAACAGAUCUGGUCUUCCUGCUGGAAUUGCAAGGCCUUCAAUUGUGAUCGCAUCUUGGAAAGAACCGGCUCCAGGUUGGAUCGAGAGUAUGAACGGACCAACAGGACUGAUGAUCGGCGCAGCAAAGGGUGUAAUCCGCAGUGUACUUUGCGACCCGGAUCUCCUUAUUGACGCGAUACCCUGCGACAUUGCUGUGAAUGCUAUAAUCGCACUCUCAUGGAGAGUAGGUUUGGAGAAUCCAGAUAAACCGAUUUUUGUAAAUGUCACCGAAAGCGGCGAGAACCCGAUGACUUGGGGACAGGCAUUAGAAUACGGUCGUAAACACACUCUAUCAAAUCCAUUUUCAGAAUUCUUUAGGGAUUUUGUGGUAUCCAAGAGGAGGAAUAACCAAUAACAAAUUAGUACAUUGGAUUUGUGUAUUUUUACUACACUUAUUACCGGCUUAUUUUAUCGACGGUGUUUGUCUCUUAACAGGGAACAAGCCAUUUUUAGUUAAGAUUCAAAGUAGAGUAAGCUGGGGAAUGAGACUAGUUCAAUAUUACACGAUAAAAGCAUGGAUAUUUAGAAAUGAAGGAAUAAAAGAACUGAGACAAAGUUUACCCGCAGAGGAUAAAGAGACAUUCUUUAUGGAUACCAAAGCGUACGAUUGGGACCCUUAUAUGAAGACUUAUGUCCUUGGGGCCCGAAAAUAUGUCCUUAGAGAGGAUCCUUCAACCCUUCCACAUUGCAGGCGCAUAUUCUUCUGGUACUGGGUCGCUGACGGGAUCGUCGGAUUUGGACUCCUUGCUCUCUUUUCUUGGUUCAUCUACACGCUGAUAAGCCCAUGGCUUUUCACGAAAACACUCGUCGGUGUUCUUGAAAACUAG